AUGCAGCGAGCUUUUAUAACUAUCCUCACCUUUUCUCUUGGGACAGCGGGGGCUGCUCCGAGGUACGACUGCACUUACUACGAUGUUGUUGAGCACCUGAACAUUUCCUCUCACAGCAAGCUGCACGCACACAUACUGCCCAAGGCAAACUUGAAGGAGCCUCUGGAAGUGAAGAUGGAUUUUAUGCUGGUGGCUAUUCUCUCUGUGGUUGAAAAGCUCCAGACAGUCACUUUUUACUUCGUGUUGGACCUGGAGUGGAAAAACGCUUUCGCAACCUGGGACCCGCAGGAUUUCUGUAACAUUUCCGAAGUCGUUCUGCCCACGAAUACAUAUUGGUCUCCCCCCAUCUUCAUUUUAGAGCAAGUGAACGGACAAAACUCAAACUUGGAUUAUAUGGCCGUCAUGCACAACGGCAGCUUCAAAUCUGCCCAGCCCUUCCAGGUUACCUUAACAUGCAGCUUGAUGAUCCUCAAGUUUCCCUUUGACACCCAGACAUGCAACUUGAGCAUAGCUUCGUUUCUCUACCCAGCAGUAACAGACCUUGUCAUGAAGACAAAACGGACACCAGCUGAGAUGAUGAAAGACAGCCAGAGUUACUUCCUAACUGAUGGAGAAUGGAAGUUCACCAACCUGAGCAUCAUUGAAUACAUAGAAGAGCUGGAUAAUGGAGAAUUUUCUGUGGUCACCUAUGUGAUUUCCAUGGAGAGACGACCCACUCUGUAUAUUCUGAACCUGAUCCUCCCAACGUGCGCCCUGUAUCUUCUGGAUAUGGCUGUGCUGUUUGGACCCAGCUCUCUCGAGGAGAAAAUCAAUUUCCAGAUUGCCAUCAUCCUCGGCAGCUCCAUGUUAGCUGUGAUUCUCAACAACAUCCUCCCAACUUCCUCCAACAAACCACCCAUAAUAGGCACCUUCCUGCUCAUGAUCAUGGCUGUGUUAGACACCUUCUUCCUGUUGCACCAGCAGCGCAAAUCCCUACGCUUAGACAAGGUUCUCAGAAGCUUCCAGCAAGACGUGCACGCCAAGCUGGCGAUGAAAGCCAAGAACAAUCAGACCAUGAAACACCUCGCCAAGGAAGGCGCCCAACUGCUGAACCUUCCCAAGAAGACCCAAGAGAAAGGGCAGCCAGCCAAGCCCCACUGGAAACUGCAGGAGCAGGACCCAUUUCUACCAGUUCUAGAGAAGGUGCUUCUCUACAGUCACUUCUUUCUGUCCCUGGUUUUUUUUGCUAUUGUUUCUAUAAAAUGGAGCAGCUAG